AUGGAUCUACCGCAGCUCUCCUCCGAAGAGCUAGGGAGGGACGUGUCGCCAAUGGUCAUUGGCGUCGUUUCCAUGUGUCUGGUCAUUGCUACGGGCGUAUUGGCUCUCCGCCUCUGGACGCGCCAUCACAUUCUGCAGAAAAUCGGCUGGGAUGACUACGCCGCGAGUUUCGCAUUGCUGUCGAUAUGGGGAUGCGGAGUCUCGAUCGCAGUCAUGACACGAUACGGUCUUGGGAGACAUCAGCAGACGGUUAAUACAUUGGAAGAGCAUGUAAAAGUAUUCAAAUGCUUCUGGUGUAGCGUCUUGUUCUACGGCUAUGGACACUUGUCUUUCAAGAUGGCCUUCCUGGCUCAGUAUUACAAUGUGCUUCGCACCCCCCGCAUGCGAAAUAUCUACAUUGCGGCCAUGGUUCUCAUCGGGCUGUGGGGGUUCGGCAACUUGUUCGUCAUCUUCCAGUUCUGCGACCCUCUCGUGGGCUUUUGGGACCCUCGCGUCCCGGCCCGGUGUAUGGACCAGAAGGUCCUGUUUUACGCUUUCAGUUCCCUUAGUAUCGCGACGGACGUCAUCAUCUACCUGCUGCCGCUUCCCGCCUUGUCCAAGCUGAAAAUACCCCGUUCACAAAAGAACUAUCUGUUGGCCAUCUUCAGCCUCGGCUUCUUCGUCGUGGUCAUUGCCGUGAUCCGUAUUCGUUACCUCGACAUCGGGCCCGACUUCACUUGGGCGAACGUGGAGCCCGCGAUGUGGUCGAUGGGCGAGCUGACGGGGGCCAUGGUCUGCCUCUGCCUGCCGACUCUAAAGGCUCUUGGGUCGCGUCUGGGUCUCGUUGCUACCGAUGUAGAGAACCCCGAGACCUCCCCUUCAGCGAACCAAAACAUUGGCAGGUCGAUUUCUUCGGGCCUCGCGAUUAAUGGUACCGGUACGACGAACUCGCCGAGGAAGCCGCCCAUCGAUUUCGCCAAUUUCGUGCAGGAGGGUGAGCAGUUCCACAACGGGGUGUUCCGCCAGACUCCCUCACUUCCAGUAUGA